GUGGGGCCGCAGCCGGCCCAGCCCAGGGCCAGGGCCACGCUGCCUCUAGCUGCUUCGCGCUUCGCGCUUCGCGCCGCGUCGCGCCUCUGGUGCCACUCGACCCGCCUCCAGAGUCGGUGUCAGUCGCGUCCGCCCGAACCUCGGCGAGCACAUCGACCAGCGCUGUUCGGCAUGGCGCCCGCGAUUCGAGAGCUCAGCCCCGAGCUGGCGGAGAGGGCCAAGAAGGAACUCGGCGAGGACCCGGCCAGGCGGCAAGAGGACAUCGACCACGUCAAGGCAUGGCUGGCCAAGCAGAGCUUCCUCAACGCCAACACAGAUGACCAAUGGAUCCUGACGUUCCUCCGGGGCUGCAAGUUCUCGCUGGAGCGCACCAAGGCCAAGCUGGACAGCUACUACACCAUGCGCACGCUGCUCCCCGAGUUCUUCAGCAACAGGGACCCCAUGCUGCCCGAGAUCCAGGAGAUCCUCAAGCUCGGGCUCUGCUUCCCGCUGCCGCACCCCGACCCGCAGGGCCGCAAGAUCUUCUUCAUGAGGGUGGGCCAGUACGACCCCUCGCGCGUCAAGCUCACGGACAUCCUCAAGCUCAACUACAUUAACAUGGACAUCGUACUCAAGGACGACGACCGCACCUUCAUCUGCGGCGACGUGCUCAUCCUGGACAUGCGCGGCGUGACGCUGGCCCACGCGGCCCAGGUGCAGCCCGCCCUGCUCAAGCGCACCAGCACCGUGUACCAGGACGCGUACCCCGUCAGACCGCAGGGCAUCCACUACGUGUACCCGCCGCCCUCCUUCGAGACCAUGUUCAACAUCAUCAGGUCCUUCAUGAAGGACAAGCUCAAGAAGCGGCUGACGCUGCACGGCGAGAACGACAUCACCUCCCUGUACAAAGACAUCCCCCAGAGCUGUUUGCCGAACGAGUACGGCGGCGAGGCCGGCACCAUCGACGAGCUGGCCGCCGCCUGGAAGGCCAAGGUGGAGAGCGAGCGCGACUGGCUGCUGGCGGACGAGAAGCGGCGCAGCGACGAGAAGAAGAGACCGGGCAGGCCCAAGACGGCCGACGCCCUCUUCGGCAUGGAGGGCUCCUUCAGGAAGAUGGAGUUCGACUGAACCACCCAACUACUGCACUGUGUGUAUAGCCUUGUUUGUGAAUAAUGAUUGUAAAUAAAGAAAACUGUUAUCGA